CUUAAAAAAAGAGAAAAAGACCUAAAAAAGAAGAAGAAAUCCCUAGAUCGAAAGAAGAAAGAAGAUGGCGGAUACUCUGCAGCGGAUGUUGGAAAGCGGACAGCUAACGAAGGAAGAAUUGUUCUCUUUUAUGCGGGGAUUAGAUUCCGAUGAUAAAGUAGUGGGUGGAUGCACAUCUGAGAAGAAAGUGAUUGAGGAAAAAGCUGUUAAACGACUCAACAAGCGGAAAUCUCUGAAGCAGUUGUUGGACAUGCGGGAUCCGGAAAGCGACCUUCUUCGUCGUUAUGAAGAAGAAUCGGAUUCGGAUGAAGAAGAAUCGGAUUCGGAUGACGAAAGGUACCACCGCCAACUCGAGGAUUCUCAGUUUUUCGAUAUCGAUCGUGACGUUCGUGUCCCAUGUUGGGGAGCAAUCUCACCAUUUUAUUUUGGGGAAAAUGAGGAAGAACAAGAACCACCUCCCGAAAUGGAUCUCUACGGCCGGUUGGGAGUUCAUUGGUUCAACUUUGAGCACAAUAGGAACUUGAAGUUCAUUCGCAUACCAAAAUUGAAUACCGGACAUCCGUAUUCUUCAUCCUACUAUAUUACUAUAGAGGUUGAAGAUGUUGAUGCUGCUGCUGCUGCUGGUGGUUCGUCUCCGUCUUCUCUCACUCUGCAAACUCUGGCCUCAAGACUUUUUUUCCCCCAUUUGGAUUUUAUGAUUGAACGCUGCAGAAUCAAACCCACAACAGUGAAAGCCGAACCACAUUCAAUUUUCGACCACUUCAUCAUUGAUGGGGUAGAUGCGUUUUACAGAGAAUGUAUGCCUACCUUUUUGUCGGGACCGCCAGAAGAAGCAGCUGAUGAUCAGAGAUUCUACGUGGUUCAGGACGAGGACAUUCGUAAAAAUGAUUGGCUUCUUCUGUAUGCCCGCUUUGCACUUUUCAAAGUUUGCGAGGCUGAAUCUCAUUCUUUCCUGCCAGAGGAGAUGCAGUUGAAGAAGAUACUUGUGCAAACCCAAGUAAAACCUCAAGAUGAUGAUGAUGAUGAUGAUGAUGAUGAUGAUGAUGAUGAUGGUGGUGAUGAUGAUGAUGAUGAUGAGCCGAUGUCCUCUCCGAUUCUCAAGUCUAUGAAUGCCAUCUUCCACAUAAGCUUCAGAUUCAACUGUCGCGACUACACAUCCGUAGUAAGGAGAACUAUAGAUGGGAUACCAGGACAUAUGCACCUCGAAGUCGAAGUCGAACCCGCUAAGAAACACGGAGAUUGAUUGCUUCUCUCCUCCAAGAGAUGAUCAAAGUAGUUGGUGGUCAAGCCGGUGCGCUCUGUUACAAUCAGUCACUCGUCAGAAUACUUCUUCUUAUGCUUUAUGUCGUUUUAGCUAUCCUUUGGUUUCUAAUCCUCCACCGCAACUAUAUCUACAAUCUUGCAUUUGUGUUCUCUAUCGUAUCAAACAGCUUGGUAUGUUGUUGUGUUUAAAUUUGUCUUUUUUAAUAAUCAAGGUUUCUUUCAAAGAGGUCCA